AGCCAAAAUACAGGGCUAAAGCCUGCAGUCUUCCUACAGCAUGCUUUUCUAGGAGAUGCUACCCACUGGAUUUCUAACCUGCCCAACGACAGCUUGGGCUUCCUCCUCGCAGAUGCUGGCUAUGAUGUCUGGAUUGGAAACAGCCGAGGCAACACCUGGUCUUUAAAGCACAAGACCCUUAAGCCCUGCCAGAAAGAGUUCUGGCAGUUCAGCCUUGAUGAAAUGGGUAAAUACGAUAUUCCAGCAGAGCUGUACUUCAUCAUGAAUAAAACUGGACAGAAGGAUAUAUACUAUGUUGGUCACUCUGAAGGCACAGCAUCAGGCUUCAUAGCAUUUUCUACAUACCCUGAGCUGGCUAAACGGGUGAAAAUGUUCUGUGCUCUCGCCCCAGUAACCACAUGCUCACAUGCUACGAGCCCUUUGAUUAAGUUAGCAAGCAUGCCUGAACCACUGCUCAGGUUAGUGCUUGGCUGCAAAGGAGCCCUGCACCAAAUUGGAUUUCUGAAAGGACCUGUGACACAGUUAUGUUCAAGCCUGGAUAAAUUUUGUGGUCAUAUACUCUGUUACAUAGCUGGAGGCAACAUAAAGAAUCUGAACACAAGUCGAAUAGAUAUGUACGUAGGACAUUCUCCUGCUGGAACAUCAGUACAGAACAUUAUUCAUUGGCGUCAGAUAAGAUUUGCAGACCGAUUUCAAGCUUAUGACUAUGGCUCAAAAGAAAACAUGAAGAAAUACAACCAGUCUAUGCCUCCUGCUUACAAGAUAGAGAAGAUAAACAUUCCAAUUGCUGUUUGGAGCGGUGGAGACGACAAAUUUGGAGAUCCAAAAGACAUGGCAAAGCUACUUCCUCGGAUUACUAAUCUCAUUUACCAUGAGCAUUUUCCUGCUUGGGGACAUCUUGAUUUCAUCUGGGGCCUUGACGCAACUGAGAAAAUGUAUCGGAAAAUCAUUGAACUACUAACAAAAUACUUUUGA